AAAUUCAGCAAUCCUGGUGGAAUGCCUUGUUCCUGACUUCAGAGGGAAUGAAGAUAGUGUAAAGACAGUCGCUCUCUCUGGGCUUGAUGUAUUCGCACACAACAUUGAGACUGUGGAGGCACUUACACCUCGAGUGCGUGACCCCCGAGCAAAGUACCGGCAAUCUCUAGCUGUGCUGAAGCAUGCUAAAACAGUCAAGCCAAAUUUAGUAACUAAGUCUUCUAUUAUGCUGGGGUUAGGAGAAACUGAUGAAGAAAUUUUACAGACAAUGAAAGACUUGCGAAGUGCAGGCGUUGACUGCUUAACAUUAGGGCAGUAUAUGCAGCCGACAAAGAGACACUUGAAGGUAGUAGAAUACAUCACUCCAGAAAAAUACCAGCACUGGGAAGAGGUUGGGAAGAGUCUGGGAUUCAGUUACACUGCCAGUGGUCCCCUUGUCAGGUCGUCUUACAGAGCAGGAGAAUUUUUCUUGAAGAAUUUAUUACAAGAGAGAAAGAAGAGUGAGCAAAGUGAGAGUGCUUAGAUGUAUAAUUUCAUGGGAAAAUACAGUGGAAGAAGUGUUUCAGUAAACUAUUAAUAAGAGCAGCAUGAAAAAGAAAUAAAAAGUUUUUUAUGUUUGCGGAAGUUUCUGUCCAUUUAUGUAGGUACUGUAAAUAUGGAGAAAUAAUAGAUAUGGUAAGAAGAGGUAGGAAUAAUUUCAGAAUCAUGUACAUGAAACAAUCUGUAACACAAGAGCAAGUAUCAUAUGUAUUUCAUGACUUGGUGGCUAACAUGGGAAAAGUACUGGUGUAUUUUAGACUUGAUUAUGUCAUUUCUUUGCCAAAAAUCAAAUGAAAUUAAUUUACCUUUUCUUGGUGUAUGCUCAACUUGAUAUUGUAUAUAUAUAGUAUACCAUUCAUUAUGGUAUGUUUAUAUACAUUAUGCACUAUUUAUUAACAUGUGAAGAUUGGCAUGAUUUCUUAUCCUGGCCCUUCCUCACCCAAGAAAAGAUCAAAGCUGUUGUCUUUCUUCCAUCUCUGUUUCUUAUAAUGCUCAGUUUUAAAAAUUUGAUAUUAGAUAUAGGUCAGACCCAUAGUGCUAUAAGUUGCUCGUCCUUCUAAGUAGAGAGAAGAUACAUUUUCAUUUGCAUACAUUAUGGCAUGCCAGUUUGUAAUAUAUUGAAAGGGGUAAGCAAAUAUUUGAAUGGUAAUAAAGAAAAUAAUUAUAAUGGUGUGUGUAUAUUAUUUAAUGGCAAUAAACAAAUAUAUAUAAU